AGUGUAAAAGGAAAUGACGAAAGGGAAGCGGAGCGGUCGCUACUGACAACGGGGAGUUCGCCGGUUAGGAGUUCUUUGAUGGAGCUUCUUCCCACUCCAUUUUGAAGAUGGCCUUGUUCACUUGUUAGGUUCUUGAGGAUGAGCAGUGAAUGCAGUCCUGCAGAGCUUCAUUGUAAGACAUCACCUGGUCUGUAACUUGUAUACAAAUGCAUGCUGUGCUGGUUGUGAGCAGCAUAAUGACCGUUCUCUGUUCAGCUCACUUGGCUCACAAACACAGUCACCUGAGUGAAGAACAUUAUGUGGAUGGAGAGCACAAUGCUGAUUAUGAUCGUGAAGCACUCUUUGGUGGUGAGGAGGAAGCUGAAGAAUUUACUAAGCUAAGCCCUGAAGAACAGCAAGAAAGACUCAAGGUCAUUGUUAAGAAGAUUGAUGCUGAUUCAGAUGGCUUUCUCUCUGAAGAGGAGCUUACUGAAUGGAUUCAGCAGUCAUUUCGACAUUACGCAGUUGAGGACACCAGACAACAGUUUCCAGAUUAUGAUGUUGACAGUGAUGGUGUGAUAACCUGGGAAGAAUAUAAUAUCCAGAUGUAUGACCGCAUCAUAGAUUUUGAUGCGAACACUGUUCUGGAAGAUGAAGAGGAGGAAUCAUUUCGACAACUACACCUAAGAGAUAAGAAGCGCUUUGAUAAUGCUGACAUUGGUGGAAUUCCUGGACUAAGCAUUGAAGAAUUUCUGGCUUUUGAACACCCUGAAGAAGUGGAUUACAUGGAAGAUUAUGUGAUUCAAGAAGCUUUAGAAGAGCAUGACAAGGAUGGUGAUGGAUUUGUCAGUCUGAAUGAGUUUCUUGGUGACUACAGAAGAGAUCCAGGUGCAAAAGAAGAUCCAGAAUGGAUAAUUGUGGAAAUAGAUCGUUUUGAGAAUGAUUACGAUGCAAAUGGAGAUGGGAAACUGGAUCGAAAGGAGCUGCUGUCAUGGGUAAUACCAAAUAACAAAGAUGUUGCACUCGAUGAGGCUACACAUCUUAUUGAAGAAAUGGAUUUAAAUGGAGACAGGAAGCUUACAGUGGAUGAAAUCCUCUACAGUCAAGAUUUGUUUCUUAACAGUGAAGCUACAGAUUAUGGCAGACAGCUUCAUGAUGAACACUUAUUUCAUGAUGAACUUUAGCAUUUUCUACAGCUGUGAAAUGCUACGCAUACUUUAAGGACUCAGUUUUAAUCUUUUGGCUGUUUUUUUCCAACUUGUGUAAAUGACCUAAAUGAAUUUAGUUUGCAUUUCUACAGCAGCUAAUUCACCUAGAGAUGUAUUAGUCUUUUGGGAGAUGUUUAUAGUUUAUGUUUAGUUUUACCUUGUGGUAUUUUGUCAUUUACGUAAUGUAACCUAGCUUGUAUAAUUGCAGUUAUAAAAUGGAGCUGUACUUUUAAUACUCUGAAUUUAUAACAUCAGCAUAUUCCUAUGUUAAUGUCAUGAUAUGGGCAAGGAACUAAGGGAAAACAGUGGUACUUUAAAUGCUUGUCAUACUGGUGCUACAGUAGUAGUUGCAAGUUCGCUGUUUUGUUUUUCUUCAUAGAAUGUUUUAGCUACUGUUGCAGGUUCAGGAAAACUGUAAGGCUUAGCAGGGUUAAGAGUGGAACAAAUGGGCAAAUUCUUCAGUCCUCCACUGUCUGUGUGUGUGUGUGUGUGUGUGUGUGUGUGUGUGUGUGUG